GAUCCGGCGUUUUCAGCUUCCAAGUCGACUCUCCGAAUUACCCACACUCCGGUCCUGGUUCCCACUCUCCCUAGUUUUGUAGCACGCGAAUAACGAACUUUUGUGCGCUUCUGGGAUCAGAAUCAAUGGCGGAAGAAGACGUCGAUCGACGGGACUGGGUUCGCCGCUGGAAAGGCGAUCCAGUAGAGACCGAGCCUUUCUCGGAGCCGUUCCCGGCCUUCAAUCCCGAAACUUCUCUUGAACAAAAUCCAACGGCUUCUGAUGGAGAACAUCUAGAAGCUACUGGUGAAGAACGUCGAGACUCUGUCGAUACGGUGUCACCAGGGUCCAUAUCCCCCGGGCUUCAGGGUUGGGGCGCCGCCUCUCCUUCCCGAAAACCCGGCGCGCCAUGGAUCGCAGCCGGAUCCUCACCAGCAUCGUCCCCUGGGGGACACGACGACGUUGCUGCUUUGCAGAGAUCCGGGUCGCCAAUAUCAUCAGUUGGACUGCCACCCUCGAAUUUCUUCUCUGGUCGCCGCUCCUCGAUCGGGACCGUUGCCAGCACCACCAGCGCCGGUACUUUUCGUUCGAACCGAACUAACUUUUCUCGCCCCCGUCGAAGACCCGACGUGUUGAAGGACAUAUAUAUGACCAACCCCAAGAUCCUGAGAUCGCGUGAUGGCGAGAAUGGCCCGGAGUAUGGCUUAUGGACGUCGGAGACUGCGACAUUGGUCAAGAUCCUCCUGACUGGUGUUACGGAACCGCCCCGGAACGGGAUGUUCCAAAGAAUAGAUGCCGAGGAUGUGCUUCGAACUCACAUGGCGAACUCGGAUGCGAAAACCCACGCGCCAUGGGAACAGCUAUUAGCGUGCUACGACGUCGCCAUGAGAGGGAGGAGUGCUGCUUUUCUCGUUCUCGCAGACAUGUCGAAAAAGUUCCUUGAAGAAGAGGGACGUGGAAACCUUGAAACGGCGGUGCGGAAGGCUGAGGAGGAGAAGGAGACGCUCGGCAAAGUUGUGGAAUUCCUCGAGGCAGAAAAAAGGCAACGGCUAGAGGAGAUCGCGAGCUUGGAAACUACAAACCGGAUACUGCUUAGAGAUCGGUCGGCACUCGAGGCAGAUCAAGACAAAAUUAUGGCCAUGCAAAAGGAACGUCUUCAACGCUUGGAAAAGAAGAUGGUCGAUUGGGGAGAGCGCGUCAGCUUACCGAUCAUCCGUUUAUCGGCGAGUGACAGGGGCGAUGAUGAGCCUAGGUUUGAGGCCAUCCUCAACGCGCUUGAGGAAGCUCGCAGGAUCACGGAGACGACCGACGACCGCCUCAAAGUGGCCGAGGACGAAUGCGACGAGCUGCAUAAAAUGGUUUCGGACGUAACCGAUCUCAGGGUAUCGCAACUCGAUCUGCAGAACCAGGAGCUCAAGAAGCAGCUGGAAUCCGAACGAGCUCGGGCGGCCAAGCGGGAGAAACAUCACGCCGAAGUUGCGGCGCGCUUGAGUCAAAGCGGUUUGCGGAACCAAGAACUUAAAAGCGUGCUAGAGGCCGAACGAGCUCGCGUGGUCCAGACGGAGAAAGAUGACGCCGAAAUCAUAGCACGCCUAAUCAGCCAGAACGAAUCUCAGAAGCGGGAGAAGGAUCUCGGAGACACCAGGAUGAAGCAGGAGGCCGCUCUGUACCGGAACAAAUGUGAAACGUUGCAGCGGACAGUUGACGAACUCAAGCAGAAGAUCGCCGAUCAGGCUGUGGAGGCUGUUCGGGAAAAGAAGGAAUACGAGCGCAGGGUGGAAGAGAUCAAGGAUUCCAUAGAAGGCCUACAGACCACGGUCACCGGUGGUAUUGGCGGGCUCCAAGGUGGCCCUAACGCGGGUUCACCACCCAGCAGCCCCCGGGCACAUCUCCUACCCAAGGAAGCUAUCCAUGAGAUCAAGGCAACUCAGAUCCAGACCAUCCAGUCUAGCCAGGCGAUCAUGGAAGAGAUUAGGGAAGCGAUCAGGGGCGUCGUGGACCGAGUAUCUGCAGGCAUGGCAAAGUCCGUGGGAAUCGACUUCAAUGACGCCCAACAACAGAUCAUGAACGAACUUCAGAAACUCACCGUCUCGGCCGAUUCUUGGAUUUCACAGCAUCAAACCUUCGAGCAAAACCAAGCAUUGAUGCAUGGCGAACUCGAUUCACUUCGACAAAUGCUCCAGUCAAAUCAACAUACGUUUCAGGAGAUUGAACAACAACUCCAGCGGCACUAUGCCCAAGUUAAAACAGCCAAGAUGACCUCCCAAGAGGGCAAAGACUGGGAAAUGGCCCCAACAGCCUCUCUUGAUGGCACAAUUCCGUCCAAAGACUUGUCCUUUGGUGCCAGCAUCGAGGAGAUACAGUGUCUGAGGGCUGGCAGGGAGAUCAUCCGACAACUAAGGUCACCCCCAGAGACGAAAGAGGCAGGCAUGGGGCUCGACGCGCUCGUGGGCUCGCGAACCGAGAUGCUUCAUCAGCUGUGGCAGAGGCUCGGUGAAGUGGACCCCAACACUCCGGCCGAAGAUCUCAUCAUUGAGUUGGAGACGACCCUCAGGUCGUUCCAAGCCUACGGCAUUGAGAAGGACUUGACGGCUUUCUAUGGGAUGCUCGGUCAUUUCGACACGCUCUUCGAGGGCCUGCUGAAACUAAAACAAUACACCACGCAACCGCGUAGAGCGGAGCGAGACCUGUUAUGGGGGAUCCAGUCGAAAAUUGAGCAUCUCGAGGGCGGCCAGGAUACACUUGCGCGACUCACGACGGAGCAUGAGGCAUAUCGGACAAAACAAUCUCUUCGACCUCCCAGCUCUCGCCAAUGGGAGGAGCUCUUGCUUCUUACCAGUAAUUUCCUCCAAGCGAACGGCGACAUAUGGAGCUUGCCCACCUCCACCCGGGAGGAGGGUGCAGCGGCCCUGGAGAGGUUGGUAUCCCAAGUUCAGGAGAUGAUGGCCGACUCGGACCUGGCCAAGCGCAGGCGUGAGAUACAGAACGCUAUGAUGGAGCAAGAUAGCCGGCUGGUGGCGUUGGGUACCGAGAUUCCCAAGGUCAAGAGGCGAGCCAACGACUUGAUGAAACGGGUUGCCGCGUUUGACAGGGUACAGCUCAGGGGGUUCAGAGCAAGCGCCCCGAAUGUUAAACCGAUGGACCUGACCCUCAGAGCCGCACUCAAGAGGCAUGAAACAAGACUGCGGCGGGAUUACGACUUUAGCAAAGCACGUCUUGACAAGCUGCACGCCGACCAAGCGCAAUCACAAGGAUACCUUGACGGAGCGGCCGCGGCUGAACGUCAAAGCGCCCGGGAAUCCGUGAUUAGAGCCCUCCUUCAACUCCAAGCAUCAAGAGGCACAGGCCGACAUGGCGAAGCCACCUGCUUCUGCGCCCUUUUCCGCUACUUCUUCCCGCGAGGGUACUACUCGGUCGUCACCGGGGGCUGCUGUGCGGGCGGGAAGACGAACGCAUCCUCGCCAUCCGCUCCCUCCUGUCACGGCCACCACGGCCACGGCGUCCUCAUCUCCUCGGGUCCCCUCUGGACUUCACUCUGCCGCUUCCUAACCUCCAUCAUCUGGGUUCUCUUUCUGGUCUUCUACCAGCCGUCCGAACUCGGCAGAAUGGCCUCCUUUUUGCUACGGUCCCUCCUUGCGCCGCCCAUCUACGUCUUCCGCCUCGCUGAACACAUCUACACUCGCAUCCGCCACCGGGUCAGCACCACCAUCCUGCUCGCCACCGCCUACCUCUGGCUGACCUACGUGGCCGUAACCGUGGAGCGGCGGAUCUGGGUGGGGUCCAACGACUGGCGGUUCGCCUACGUGCGGGACCUGACGAGCGGGCGGCCGCCGCCCUACCCGGCCUGGUCGCCCGUCAGCGUCGACUACCGGCUGGCGACGGACCCCGUGUGGGUGUGGUUCGCCGAGGGGGUGCACGGGUUGUUUGGGUGGAGGAGGGGGAUGGGUUUGGAGUUGGAUGGGGGUGGUGGUGGUGGUGUUGCGGGGGAGGGGGUGUGA